AUGGCCCUCGUCAUCGAGGAGGCAAUCGCAAUCGAAACAACGCCGGCCGCCGAGUUCCAGUUCCACCCCGCGACCACGGCCCUCGUCAUCGAGGAGGCAAUCGCAAUCGAAACAACGCCGGCCGCCGAGUUCCAGUUCCACCCCGCGACCACGGCCCUCGUCAUCGAGGAGGCAAUCGCAAUCGAAACAACGCCGGCCGCCGAGUCCCAGUUCCACCCCGCGCAACCCUCGAGGAGCAGCUCAACCCUCCACGAAAUAGGAUCAAUGAGCUGCACACCUGUGUGCGUUUCGAGCUCAGAGAAUAUGGAAGCCCACGCGGCUCCGGGUGCGCAAUCUGCAAUGGUCUCCACUUCUUGUACGAGUGUGAAGACUGCGGACGCCUGA